AUGGAAACUGACCCAGCGGGGUCAGGAAAUGGCGCUUCCACCAUGGCGAUCGAGACGGAGUCGAAGGAGCAGACCGUAGAGGAGGUGAGAGCCCAAUUGGAGAUGGUUGGACAGGAGCUGUCAAAAAAGGACGAUGAUAAGAAGACCAAUGAAAGAUUGAUGAUGAUCAUCGAAGCCCAGCAGCGGACAAUUAACAAUUAG